AUGCACCCUCGGUCGCAUCAGUGGCACCUGCUGGACUAUGUUAUCGUCCGGAAUCGAGAACAGCGGGACAUGCUGGUGACAAGGGCGAUUCCGGGUGCUGGCGUGUGGACCGACCAUUGCCUUGUCAUCUCGAAGAUGAGGAUCCGCCUACAGCCUUGCAGGAGACCUCAAGAUAAGCGACCCCCAGGUAAGCUGAAUAUUGCCUUGUUGUCUUUGCCUGUUCACCAUGUCCAUUUCAUCAAUGAGUUUGCUCGACGGUUAAACAACCUUCCAAUCGAUGCCGCUGCCGCCGCCGCCGCUGCCAUUGACGAGAACGCCUCCGUAAAGAACCGACGUUGUCAACUGCGGGACACAGUCCGGUCGACGACACUGGCCGUCCUCGGUCGCGCAUGCCGACAACACCAAGACUGGUUCGACGAUAGCGACACCGCCAUCAGCAACCUGCUCGCCAAGAACCGCCUACACAAAGCCUACGUCGACCACCCCAUUGACGACAACGGAGCUGCUUUCUACCGUAGUCGUCGCCUCGUUCAACAGCGACUGCACGAGAUGUAA